GCCAGCAUCCAGSGUCCUCCCACACCCCCUCCCACGGAUGGGUAGCGCCGUUUCCUCUCUCCCCGCACCACCCUGGGCCUGAGGGCGCAGCCCCUGACGCAGAGACCCCCGCUCCAGCCCCGGCGUCCCGUCCCAYCCCGCCGGCACCAUGGAUGAGUCGUUCCGGGACCGGACCGCGUUCAUCCGCGGCGCCAAGGACAUUGCCAAGGAGGUGAAGAAGCACGCGGCCAAGAAAGUGAGCCGGGGCAUGGACCGAGUGCAGGACGAGUACACCCGGCGCUCCUACUCGCGCUUCGAGGAGGAGGAAGAUGACGAAGACUACGCGCCCCAGGACGGCUACUACCGGGGGGGCGAGGGAGCCAACGAGGAGGAGGGGGUGUCCAGCGAUGCCACCGAGGGGCACGACGAGGAGGAUGAGAUCUACGAGGGCGAGUACCAAGGCAUCCCGCGGCAGGAAUCGCUGAAGGGAGGGGAGCGCCUGGGGGCCGCGGCGGCUGCGGGCGCCUUUGACGACAGCGAGGGGCAGCGGAGGAAGGACCGGGAGGAGCUGGCGCAGCAGUACGAGCUCAUCCUGCAGGAAUGUGGCCACGGCCGCUUCCAGUGGACCCUCUACUUUGUCCUGGGCCUCGCCCUCAUGGCUGACGGUGUCGAGGUCUUUGUGGUGGGCUUUGUCCUACCCAGCGCCGAGAAGGACAUGUGCCUCUCCGACUCCAACAAGGGCAUGCUGGGACUCAUCGUGUACCUGGGCAUGAUGGUGGGCGCGUUCGUGUGGGGCGGGCUGGCUGACCGGCUGGGCCGAAGGCAGUGCCUCCUCAUCUCCCUCUCCGUCAACAGCGUCUUCGCCUUCUUCUCUUCCUUCGUCCAGGGCUAUGGCACCUUCCUCUUCUGCCGCCUGCUCUCGGGCGUGGGCAUCGGCGGCUCCAUCCCCAUCGUCUUCUCCUACUUCUCGGAGUUCCUGGCACAGGAAAAGCGCGGGGAGCACCUGAGCUGGCUCUGCAUGUUCUGGAUGAUCGGGGGCAUCUAUGCUUCUGCGAUGGCCUGGGCCAUCAUCCCCCACUACGGCUGGAGCUUCCAGAUGGGCUCUGCGUACCAAUUCCACAGCUGGAGGGUCUUCGUCCUCGUCUGCGCCUUCCCCUCGGUCUUUGCCAUUGGGGCGCUCACCACGAUGCCCGAGAGCCCACGCUUCUACCUGGAGAAUGGGAAGCAUGAUGAGGCCUGGAUGGUGCUGAAGCAGGUCCACGACACCAACAUGAGGGCCAAGGGCCACCCUGAGAGGGUCUUCUCGGUCACCCACAUCAAGACCAUCAAGCGGGAGGACGAGCUCAUUGAGAUCCAGUCGGACACCGGGACGUGGUACCGGCGCUGGCUGGUCCGAUGCCUCAACCUGUCCCAGCAGGUCUGGAGCAACUUCCAGCAGUGCUUCGCGCCUGAGUACCGGCGCGUGACCCUGAUGAUGAUGGCAGUGUGGUUCACCAUGUCCUUCAGCUACUAUGGGCUCACCGUGUGGUUUCCUGACAUGAUCAAGCACCUGCAGAGCAUUGAGUACGCGUCACGCACAAAGCUCUUCACACGCGAGAAGGUUCGGCACUUCACCUUCAACUUCACCCUGGAGAACCAGGUGCACCGUGGUGGGGAGUAUUUCAACGACAAGUUUAUUGGGCUGAAGAUGAAGUCAGUGACGUUUGAGGACUCGCUCUUUGAGGAGUGUUAUUUCGAGGACAUCACCUCCAGCAACACCUUCUUUAAGAACUGCACCUUCAUCUCCACUGUCUUCUACAACACAGAUCUCUUCGAGUACAAGUUCAUCAACAGCCGAGUGGUGAACAGCACAUUCCUGCACAACAAGGAGGGCUGCCAGCUGGACUUCAGCGACGACAAUAAUGCCUACAUGAUCUACUUCGUCAGCUUCCUGGGCACCCUGGCUGUGCUCCCCGGGAACAUUGUGUCAGCCCUGCUCAUGGACAAGAUUGGCCGCCUGCGCAUGCUGGCUGGCUCCAGUGUCAUGUCCUGCGUCAGCUGCUUCUUCCUGUCCUUUGGGAACAGCGAGUCUGCCAUGAUUGCACUGCUCUGCCUCUUUGGGGGGGUCAGCAUUGCCUCCUGGAAUGCGCUCGAUGUGCUCACCGUGGAGCUGUACCCCUCCGACAAGAGGACGACAGCAUUUGGGUUCCUGAACGCGCUGUGCAAGCUGGCAGCCGUGCUGGGCAUCAGCAUCUUCACGUCCUUUGUGGGCAUCACCAAGGCCGUGCCCAUCCUGUUCGCCUCGGCUGCGCUGGCCCUCGGCAGCUCCCUGGCCCUCAAACUGCCCGAGACACGGGGGCAGGUCCUGCAGUGAUGGGGGGGCUGGGGGAAAGGGUCCCCUCUCCCCAGGGCCCCCCCCAAAUCCAGCAUUCCCCCCCCUCCUCGUGCCCUGGGAUUAGUCGCGUUAGACACUGUGAAACGUCUUCUUGGAGCAUUUGGGAUCUUUUUCAUUUGCACUUGCCCCCCCUUUCCCCCAAAACCUCCCCCACACCUCAAACUCCCCCUGACCCUUCAAACACUCGUUCUGAUUCGCCAACUUCCCUCAACCUCCAAUACCCCCCUCAGCCCCCCAAUUUCUUUUCUUGGUGUCACCCCCUCUGUGAGUUGCUGCUCAUUCCUGGGGAGCUGUGGGCUGGGAUUUAGGGGGCCCCUGGCAUCAAGGGGGGAUGACACAGGCCCCCUGCACCCCCAUUUCUCUGUGCAUCCCCCAAAUCCCUGCUGAGCCGAGGAGGAGGAGGAGGAUGAAGCGUCUGGGUGUCAGGGCCCCCUGUGCCUGUUUCCCCAUCCCUGCGGAGUCUCCAAAACCCCCACGGAUUUGGGGGGGCACAUGGGGUGGCCAUUUGGGGUGAAAGAGCCCUUGGAGUGCCUCAGCAAUGCCUGGGGGGGGCACAGGAUAUUGGGGUACAGGUCUCCUUGGGCUGCCUGAUAAUUUUAGGGUGGCCUCCCCUUAAAGCACAUGCCUCCCUUCCCCCAGGAUGCCCCCAGUUUGGGGUGUCUGACUUUCAGGCUGCAAAGCACAGCCCCCCCGAGCCACAGCCCAAAUCCUUGGUCUCAUUUGGGGUGCAGCGGGGGGGGAACCCCAAAACUGCCAGUUCGUGAUUUUUAWCUGAUUUUUAAAGGAUUUUCCCUAUUACAGGGAGGCUGGUGUGGGUGAGGGGGGGCACGGUGGGCUCCCUGCACCCUCUUUUUCUCCUCCCAGCCCUUUCCCUCCCUGCAUCCCCAUGUCCCUCCCAUGCCCCCUUUUCCUUCCCCCAGCCCAAAACCACCAGCGGUUUGCAAAGCACAAACAGCCCCUACCCCCCAAACAAUCGGGGUACAAGGGGUCCCCAGUGCUGAGCCCUCCCUAAAAGAAAGGGGUUCAGGGGGUCCCAGUGCUGUGCCCCCUCAAAACAUGGGGUUUGUGGGGGUCCCCCAUGCUCUGCCCCACCACCCGCCCAGCCCCACUGGGCCAGCAGGGUUGGUCAGAGUCCCCCAGGAGCCCCCCUGCCCCAGGGCAGCCCCCUCCCAUUCCAAGCAGCCCCUGUGUGCUUUGUCCCCCCCUCGGUGUAGCUGGUCUUUGGGGCCCCCCUGGCCCCCCUGUAGCUCUGUCGUGCUGUGCUGUAGUUUCAGGUGUUUGUAAAUUAAUUAAAAUGGAAAAAACAUCCCAAAAAAGCACAAAAUUACCCAA